GUGAAUAAUUCUAUAAAUUUUUUGGUUACCUUUUUUACCGUAGAAAUUAGUGUCAUCCUCGAAGAAAAAGGUAGGAGCAAAUCUAUGUACUGGCAAGUCAUCAUGGAAAAUGAAGAGGUUAUUUUGUUUGCGGCAGUGCUUGUCGCCUCGCUGUGGUUGUUCAUCAAACGAGUAUAUGUGGAGCGACUCCCGUCAUACUUUUACUGCAAGUACGUCUUUUUGACUGGCUGUGAUUCUGGCUUCGGUAGAGAAACAGCACUGCGUCUUGAUAGUUUAGGAUUCAAUGUGUUUGCGACAUGUUUAACGAGAGAAGGCCAAGCAGAUUUGACUGCCAUGUGCAGCAAAAGACUUAAGGUUAUUCAUUUGGAUGUCACAGAUUCACAAGAAAUCAGAAACGCUUACAAGUUCGUGGAGCAAUCUUUACCAGAAAAUACAGGUAUGUUGCAAUGAAAAAGGAUACAGCGUCUUAAUAAAUAAGUGUCUAAUAAAGAUCAAGGGCUAGGUUUAGUCAUUUGAAAGUGUCGAAUUGAAGAAAUCUUCAGAUCAGUUAUUUGUGCCACUUGUUAUAAACACAAUGUAAACAUGGCUUAUAUAAACUCUAAACAGUAUAAAAACCAAUAUUUACGAAGUUCAUUGAAAAGGAAUCCAUUAUUCGUGCCCAUUAUUCGUACACUGUGUUUGUUUAUUACAAAAACAAAUGCCCAUGAAAUUGAUUUCAAAGGAUCGCGAGACCCUCUCUGCAUGUGGUAGGUUAUUUGUCGUAGAGUAAUGUAGAGGUAAUCUUGCCAUUUCCUGUCAUGCAGUACAUAGACUACGAGUAGUCCCCCAUUUUUCCUCAGGGAUAGUAGGGCGAGCGAAACGCGAGCGCGCGUGAAAAUCACCCCACGCGAGAAAAGGCGACACGCGGCGGGGUGAUUUUCACGCGCGCUCGCGUUUCGCUCGCCCUACUAUCCCUGAGGAAAAAUGGGGGACUACUCGUAGUCUAUGUAGUACACAGUUUUGUCAUUUAAAAAUAGCUAAAAUAUUACUAUAUUAUUCUAAGGUAAACACGGGGGAAAAGGAAUUAUUUUUUGAAGGGUUCUCUUUAGAAUAUUAGAGGACUUUGACACAAGAAAUUAACUGAAGCACACUUCAAGCACAGACUGUCUCUCGUUGCCAUGCGCGCGCGAGCUUUAAUCUGCUCAACUUUCUUGCGUGACUAUCCGUCUACUAAAAGGGUGGAGUACUUUUGUGUCAUUUUUUGUUGCAACAAAGAAUACUCUUCACCUCCGUGCAAAUUUCUUACAUAUUCCAUAAAACACCCACAUAUUUUCCCCAAAAUUCCAUUUUUCACAUUUAGCUGACCAGAAAUGAUCGUAUUAAAGCUUCUCGGAACAAUAAGCCCUUUUCAUCGCCUUGCUAUUUCCGGCCGCUACGAAUGACAACGAUGACCCUCUCAGAUGGAACAAAAAAUAUAAAUAUAGAAAUCGGUGAAUUAAUUUAAUACCGUCUAAUAUUAUCUCAAGAGAGCUGUCAGCAAGAUGAGAACAUCUUUCCAGGUGUUCAACUGAAACUUCUUGGACUGAAGCCCCCGCAGACUGAGGACCUGAAGGAGUGUGACCUUUGUGUAACGAGAGAACUUUACAACAACAACAAGGUUAUCAUUUUCACCCUUGUCGUCUCUUGGCUCACUCUACGUGCUUAGCAAGAUUCACUCAGUGAGACUGAUCAGCAAAGAGUCUGCAAUCCGCUAUUUAAAAAGGAGAGAAUCAUUCUAUUUUUUUUGACGUUCUAUUACAAAACUGUGGAUUGCAGACUCUUUGGUGAUCAGUCUCAAAAGAAAGCCUCAGCAAACGUAGUAUACUUUGUAUACUUCUCUGUUCCUGUUUACAAACUGAAGUCAAAGCACGUGCACUAGCGGGAGUUUUCACGUCACUUCCGAUCGAUCCGAGCACCCUGAAGACCACCAACGGCAACUAUCGCUCAAGGGGGAGGUGAAUAGCGGUGGAAGAGGUGCCGAGGUUUACAUAGUAUCCGGGCGGCAUAGUUGUUUUAUUAUUUAUCAAUUUAGCUGAAGAAAAAUGAAAAAGUAUUUUUUGGAAAUAACGUCAGACGUCAUAGCCUGCGCGCAGACGAAAUUAAACUCUGGUUAACUCCGUACUAAUCAGAGUUUAGUUAUCGUCCGCACGCAGGCUACAGACGUCACGGCUCAGUUGCCAAGUAUUUUGGGGAUGUUUUAUCUUUUUUGGCUAGUGCGUUUUUAUGAUUUUGUCGCGAAUUCAGGAAGAAUAACUUGCUAAACUGCCAGAAAUUACUGCCACUUUCUUGGUUUUGUUAGUACAGCUGCUUCAUUUAUCGGUAAUUAACUAAGAUUUUAAUAGUCUUCUAAAACUUUCACGAAACGAGACGCCAUUUUGAUUUUUGUCCCUAGUUACGGGAGCCAAUCAAACACUUAUGAUUAAUAUAUUGGCUGCUUAAGUUUAUUUUUUGUGUUUAGCUCUUGAAUACACGAAGAAGCCUCUGCUGUGCUGUAACGACGGCAAAGUCAUAAAUCUUUAAAUCAGAUUUCGGUUUCGUGUUUAUUUUUUAAAAGUUACCGCAAGAAUUGUCCCUCAUGAAGACCCUGAAGUUAGUGGAACAUGAGGGCGUCAGUGACCAAGUCAACUACUAUUAACUUCAGUGAGACCAGAAAUCUUGCUGGACAAUGAGCAGCCCCUCACGUUUGAACUGCAUGGUUAGCUGCAUGCAGUGCAAACAGUGCACGAGCGCGCGUAAAAAAAUGUCAUACGAGAGGAAGGUAAUAUAUAGGCGCGUUCGAGUAUUUCGCUUGUCCUAGUAUAAGGAGAGGUUUCCCAUGAAUUCUUUAUUUGCCUCGAGUUUCAUAUCUAGUUUUCAAAUAUUAUGAGACAUUUUGUUGUGUUUACAAUGAGCCGCAUUUAGCCUUCGGGGCUCGUGCUAUUUUUGAAAUCCUUUGUUUUAUGCUUUGUUUAAUAAUCCUACAAACAGAACAAACUUAAUAGUUUUCCGUUUCGUUCCUAAGAUUAUAUAAUUGUAUUAGUUCAACUUCAGUAACGAUUUCUAAAAAUACUAUUGGUUUUCUCAAUAAUAGUUGCUCUGCUUUGAUUUAUUUUUCUUAAUUAACUUUAUUCUACAACAAAGCGGCCUUUCACUGCAACACCUUGUUAAGCGAAUAUAGCCAGUUUUUAAUUAGUAUUUUUGAGCGAUAUCGAAGUUUCACUGCAAUUUACUUCCGUGAAUAGUCGCUUCGUCUAAAUUUAGAAUUUCAAAAGUUUUGCUGACCUGCAAAUUCGGAAAAUGUCUGCUUUUGUUGUAGGUGAAAAACUACAAUGAGGCAGGUGGUUAAAAGCCGCCUUGCUGACUUGGCAAACUUUGCUAGUUUAUUAUCCUAGUACUUUUUACUCCUAAAAUAGAAUCCGCAACAACAAUCAGUUUCCCUUGACUUCAAACGACUUUGUUUGUAUAUCUAUUGUGUUGAAUACCUGUAGCGAGGAGAUAUAAGUAAGAUAGUUUGUAGUGUUUUUUGACUACAUCUAUUACAUCGACAUCCCGUUGAUUACAUACUUGAUUACACCGAUUUCCUUGUCAACUACACCGAUUGCUUCGAGUACGUGUACAAGAAUAAACGCUGUUGGACCCAAGUAAAGUUUGCAUUAUUCUCUGCUGCGUUCCAGUUUGUUUCUUUGAUUCCGGUCCUAAGAGUUCAGUGUGUCGGCUCUUACCCCCGAGCGAGUUGCUCUUUGAGUUUAGUUUCUCCAGUUUUAUCGUGAGUUCAAACUCCGAGUUUCCCGUUUAGCCCUUAAAGUCAUUCAAAAGUGGAAAAACCUUCAGUCACACUGGUAACCAUGAAGUAAAACGAGGGACUACUCGUAGUACUACACAGCUGGCAGCAAGUUGCGUUCCUUCCCUCGUCCUCGGCUUGGGCCCCUUGUUCAUUAUUUUGUAUGUUGUUUUGAGUAUGGUAGCACCCCAAAAUGAUCUGACAAGGCGCUAUACAGGGGCUUGUCUACUAGGCUUGCCCGAGCUCGGACUACAAUGUAGGCACGCGUUCCAUAGUUAAAGUAUUCUGUAUUUCUUUUGCGCGUUAACAAGCAUAACACAGUAAUUUUUACUUAGCUUUCACUUGGUCGUACUAUCAUUCUGCACAAUCAAGGGUUGUAUUUAUGGACAAUACUUCCUUGCUAUGCAGGUCUAUGGGGCCUAAUUAACAACGCUGGAAUUGCCAAGGUUGGACCAAUCGAAUGGCAAACCUUGGAUGACUAUCGACAGGUAGCAGAUGUUAACUUGUGGGGACUUAUUGACGUCACAAAGGUUUUCUUACCACUUGUCAAGAAACAGCGAGGACGUAUCAUAAAUAUUUCGAGUAUUGGAGGUAAUUCAGUUUUCACUGCUUCAACAUAUAAAUUUUUUAGCUUAGGAGAAUCAUAAUUGCUCUUAUUUGCUUCAAAUUGAGGGGGAAAGUAGUACUUUGCAAUCUCGGCAGCUUUUACUUUGUCUCGCAUGCAUCAGAUGCGAAUCUCGGAACCUCGAUAAUCUGCAAGCCCCAUUUGAAUAUAUUCAUAGUUACCUCAUCUUUUUUUUCUUUGCUAGUCGGCUUGUAGGGUCAAAAAAUUGAGAUACUUUAAGACACAAUAAAAAUCUUUGCGGUCAGGUUUUGUUAAAACAUUUCACUUUCCACUUUUAUUUUGCUCGCGAUGCACUUCUAAAAAUUUGGCCACACCCGGUAAAGUUCAGACGGCGUACUUCACAUGAACUUUCAUAUUCACUGAAUGUGAUUCGGCUCAUGUGAAGUGCAGUGUCGACCUGAACCAGGCCUAAUCGAGUACACCUUCUUGAUUCUUCUUCUUUUUAUUGUAGGUCGAGCGUCACUGCCACACGCCUCCGCGUAUUCUAUCUCCAAAUUUGGAGUAGAAGCAUUCUCAGAUGCUCUCCGUCGUGAACUAAGCCCGUCUGGUUUGAAAGUCAGUGUGAUAGAGCCAGGAUUUUUUCGGACAAAUAUUACAAGUAAAGACAACUUGCGAGAGCAGUGGAAUACACUCUGGAACGAGCUAGACGGUAGCUUAAAAGAGGAGUAUGGUGGUAAAUAUUUUCAAACAAGUAAGUAAAGAUAAAUUAACGGCCAUUUCCCUGCUAUCGCCGAUGUGCAUCACUGAAUUAUUUUGAACUGAUACACCAAUCUAGUGAAAUGGAUACGUACUGCUUGGGUCGGUUUAGUAUUUAAUUUCCUCUUUAAAUAGAACUUAAUGAACAUUUUUCCAUGACUUACCAGAACACUUACUGUUUGACCUACUUGACUCAGUUGGUGCGAAGAAUCAGAAUUAGACACAGACCAUUAGAAAAGUUAUGGGGGAGGGGAGGGGAAUUUUCGAGCCGCAGGAACUUUUUUGCGUUAUCAAAUUCCUUGUAUGAAUUUUUUUUAGGCCAUAGCAUGAAAAUUUUGUAGGAUUAAUUGGCGUGCAAAAUAUUUUUUCAUUUAAUUUUCCCUUGCGCAAAUAUAUUUUUGUGCCUCGCCUCCCCUCCCGCCCCCAUAAGUUUUCUAAUGGUCCAUCCCUUAGGAGACCCUGUUGAUUGUCAAGGAGCGAUAAAUUAAGGGACGGACAUGAACAAACGAUAAUAAAAAGGAGGGUUCCCUGUCUGUUCAGUAGCUCGUCUCAGCUCACUCGGCUGCUAGUUCCGCCGGCUUGGCCACUACUUUCCGAAUAGGAACUGCUGCUACCAGUCUACAGUCUAUAUUUCAUGUUAAGACACACCCCAAACAUAUAUUUUAAUAUUAUUAUACACUUCGAGGUUGGUGACCCGAUGAUUUUAUUUGUAUUUGAUGACUAGCUUUUCAUUCAAAGGAGAGAAGCCAGAAAAUAAUAGGCUCCUGACAAAGACAAUUACUAAGUACAUGCAAACAAAAGAAACAGAUACUUCCCUCGAGGAUAAAACCAAUGCGUUCAUAACUGAGUUGGCUGGACUUCAUUAUCAAUUAUACCUUGUCGCUCUUUGCUUCUUAGGUGUAAAGAACAUGUUGAAAGGCAUGGUAGACACUUGCGCUUCGCCGCACAUCUAUAAGGUAGUGGACUCCAUUGUUCAUGCUCUGACGUCACCAUAUCCUAAGUCUCAUUACGUGGUUGGAUGGGAUGCAAAGCUGCUAUGGAUCUGGGUGUCCAGGUUCCCAGCCGCCAUUGGGGACGCAAUCUUGAAUUUAUUGGGAGAAAAGGCUGAACCUAGUAAAUGCGCACGCGCAAAUAUGCCAGGUGACCAAACUACACGAAAAAUAAAUGAAAACAACAAUGCAAUGAAUGGAUCUGUUCUUCAUAAUUAA